ACUGCAGCGCUGUAGUGCCGCUGCUCGGCAGACAGGGGGCGCUGCUCUGCGCUGUGAGACUGGGGGUUUGUAAAGGUGAAUAAGAGGCGGUGAAGUUGAGGCGAGGCUGGUGUUUCUCAGCGCGUCUAAACUAAUCAUUCCUGCUGAGAAUGCGCAGGCAGGUCACAGAUGAAUUUGGUGGCUGACCACAGUGACCAUGGUGCCGUGCUUAGGUGUCCUUUUGUUGCUGUCGUUCCUCUCUCAGGUCAGAGGGCUUUUUCAGGUGUCUGAGGAGAUCACCGUGCCGGAAGAAUGGGUUCUGCUUCAUGUUGUCCAAGGCCACAUUGGGGCAGGAAACUACAGCUACCUUCGCCUCAACCACGAUGGACGCAUCAUCCUCCACAUGCACAGCCUCAAGGGUGACGCCGACCUGUACGUGUCUGAUAAAACGCUGAGACCAGACUUUGAUACCUACAAGCUUCAGUCAGCCACCUGUGGCUACGACGUGGUUGUGGUUCCGGGAGACUUUGUGAGACCCGUGGGCAUCGGGAUCUAUGGACACCCCUCUUACCUGGAGAGUGAGUUUGAGAUGAAGGUGUAUUACGAUCAGACAGCUUUUACUGAGGACCCAUUUCAAAAGGAUUCUUAUUCGUCAGAGGAGAGCAAUGGAAAGCCCAGGUACCCCCAGCAUGAUGCUGAAGAAGAUAUGGAGGAGGAGUCGAUCCUUUGGACUAUUCUUAUUGGAAUCCUUAAGAUAAUACUUGAAAUUUUGUUUUGAUAAUAAUUAGCUCAUUGCCAUCUGAAUCAUUUUGCCAUUAGUAUUUGCAUUUCAGGAAAAGUGCACGGAACUGUGUGGCCAAAAUACCUGAAAAAAAGCAGUAAAGAAAAGCUUUUUGAUAAAUGUAGGAUUCAUUUUGUUUCUAAUUUCUAGAUUUGGUAUAAUGAGCUUGUAUACCACAAGUCACUAAAACAUAAUCUGUUCUCUUCUUUCUGUCUUUCAUUCAGUUGACAGUUCUUUUGUUGGAUAUCUGCCGACCCAGUUCAUCUUUUAAUUGUUUUGAUUGUGAUUUGUUUCCAACCAUGUUAUACAUUGUGCUCCAGUCAUUUGCUAAUUUAUUAUGUUGAGAAUCAUUUGGGGUCUUCUGGAGGUCUGAGCACUAUGCAGUCACAAAAAUCACCUUCUGAGAAGAUCUAACACAACUGUGCCUUUGGGAAAAAAGAGACCUUUCAUUGAGAAAUAGAAAGGUGUAAUCUCAUGCAGCUGUAAUGUUUAUAACAUUUUCAAAUAAAGGCAAUCACAUGCGCA